CCGGCCAAUCCUUGGGUUUGGUACUAUAUAAAUACUACAUAUUGGACACUUCACCAGUACCUGUUCAUCCCCAUGGACUGCUCGAGCUCUGUCGAGAGUUGCCAAUCGCCAUACCAGAUUCUGCUCACAGCAGCGUCUCUCAUACCCAUUUCCCACUACUUUUAUGGGUUCCUGUUCAUUUGUUUGGUUUUCCUCUACAAUUUCCUAGAGAUUCAUAUCAUUCAAGACCUUUUCACCGGGUUCAGAGGUCAGCCGGUGUGUUUGACCUUCAAUUCUUGCUCCGAUGUCUACCAAGAAGUUGUUUCCCAGUGUCGAAUUCUCCAUGGAAGGUAUUUGACAACUCCAUGGCUUUCUAGUCCUCAUAUUCAGACAGCAUUUUUGAGCUUAUUUGAUUGGCGUCCUGCCUUCCACUACAGAAGACAGCUAUUUCGUCUGUCUGAUGGUGGAACAAUUGCUUUGGAUUGGCUGAUGAGUUCCAAUGUUCCAGAGGCUUCCCUCCAAUUGAAAGAUACUAUUGCAGAAGAUGAUAAAACCCCCAUUGUAGUAGUGAUUCCUGGCUUGACAAGUGAUUCUGCCGAUGCUUAUGUAAAGCAUUGUGCUUUCAAGAUGGCAAAAUGUGGUUGGAAUGUUGUCGUCAGCAACCAUCGGGGGCUAGGGGGAAUAUCAAUUACUUCGGAUUGCUUUUACAAUGCCGGCUGGACGGAAGAUAUACGCAAAGUCAUCGACCAUCUCCAUCAUCGAUUCCCAGAAGCUCCACUUUUUGUUGUUGGAACUAGCAUUGGUGCAAAUGUUCUGGUAAAAUAUCUGGGCGAGGACGGAAUUAAUUGCCCGAUUGCUGGUGCUGCAGCUAUCUGUUCUCCUUGGGACCUUCUGAUAUGUGACAGGUUUAUUAACCGAAGGGCUGUUCAGAAGUUCUAUAACAAAGCUCUAACAUUUGGCCUAAAAGGUUAUGCUCAGUUGCACCGGCUUGUCUUAUCCCGUCUUGCAGAUUGGGAAGGCAUUUUAAAGUCACGCUCUGUUCGGGAUUUCGACAAUUAUGCGACUCGAGUCCUUGGAAAAUUUGAGACGGUGGAUGCAUACUACAGGCAUUCCAGUAGUAGUACUUUUGUAGGAAAUGUAAUGGUGCCACUUCUUUGCAUAAGUUCUUUGGAUGAUCCAGUCUGUACGAGGGAAGCCAUUCCUUGGGAUGAAUGCAGGGCAAAUAAAAACAUUGUUCUGGCUACCACUCGGCAUGGAGGACACCUGGCAUACUAUCAAGGGAUAACUGCGAAGAGUUUAUGGUGGGUAGGAGCCGUUCACGAAUUCUUCAGCGUUCUACACUCAAGUUCAUUAAUUUGCAGAAAAAAGGAGCCCCAGAUGCAAAGUUUCCACUUGAUCAGUCCUCCGGAAUCUUCAAUCGACCAAGGCCCAUACCUUAAUAUCACGGAAGAUGGAAUGGUGGCUGCAGUGUCCGAUGAGCAAACAAACAUAGAAGAGGAAAACACUGAGCCCAUGAUUCAGAGCGACAAGAACAAAGAUGUAAUUUCAGAAACACAGGGGAGUGAUUGCGUGAUGGGAGAAAGAACACAUUUGACGGAUGAAUCUCCCCAGCACCCAGGACAAGAUGUCAACGACAUAAUUAUACCUAAAAGAAGAUAUAUGGAUCAACUUUCCCGACAGAGCCGGAACUCAAUUUGGCUUCUAGCCUACAUUGCCCUCGUAACAACUUGGCCCCUUGUGGGACCAGCUCUUACACUGUUCUUCAAGAAAAGGUUUCGUAACGUCCUAGCAAGAAUCUCGCGAACAGCUCCAAGAUGAAUCCUACAAGUUUCGGGCUGGUUACUUGAAUCUUAUUCAAUGCUAUUUUGUACCUGCAAGAGGAAUAAUCACAAAGAACAUUGCAUUGUGGUCAUAUAAGCCUCUGCGUUUCUGCUGAAUGGAAUGAGAGGCUGAGCUCGAAGGGCCUUGGAUAAGAGUAGAAUAAUAAGUGACACCAAAUUAGACGGGCACCAGAUUCUUUUCGAGUGAAGUGAAGCAAGAAACCCAACUGCAUAUGUAUUACUUUUCACUUGUGGUGCUGUCGCAUGUCAAAAAUCGAAAUAGGGAUACAGCAUGGAAAGGAAGGAUAUGUUGUAAGCUGUUUACUUGUGGAAAAUAGCCGUGCGUGGAUACUAUCUUUUGCUUAUCCUCUGCAGACUGAAUCAUAAUUUUCACCGACAAUAGUUCUGUGAUUCUAUUUGGGUAGGCAUUCAACA